AUGUCGCGCCGCUACCCAACCGCCGAGCUGUAUGAGGAGCGCGAGCGCGACUUCUACCGCAACGGCAACCGCAGCGACCGCAACUAUGAGGAGCUCGACAUAGAGCUGCGCCGUGGCAGCGACCCGCGCCGCAGUGCCCCCGACUUCUUCCGCGACGACCGGCCCACUGCUGGGCCUAUGGUCCUGCGUGGACGAGACCGCGACGAGGACACCUUCUCCAGAGCCCCUCCCCCACCCCGCAGUCGCCGCGGCGGCUUCGACGACGACGACGCCAUCUCCGUCCGCAGUCGUCCUCCGCCCCCGCCUUCCAGCGUGAGGGAGCGGGAAACAGACGACAUCACCCUACGCCGCAGCGACACUGGAGGCCGUGGACGACGCGAAGUCGAACGAGAGAAGGAAGAGCUCGAUGUUACCAUCAGACGCCGCGAGCAGUCCAGAGGCCCCCCGCCGCGAGAGGCCCACUUCGAGCGCGACAUCCCCUUCCGCCGCGGCGAUGGUGCCCACCCCCGCCCACGUGAGGUCAGCGUCGAGAGGGAAGACGUCCGCUUCCGAGGACGCGGUGACAGUAUCGAUAUCCGCGCUUCUCGCAAGGAGUUCAGCAGCGACGGCCGUGAUAUCUCAGCCGAGCGCGGCUCCAUCCGCUUCCAGGAGCGAGACGGCAACUUCGACGUCCGUGCCUCUCGCCGCGAGUUCAGCCGUAAUAGCAGAGAUCGCAGCGUAGAGCGAGACUCUUUAGUCAUCCGAGGUCGUGAGCGAUCCCUCCCACCACCAAGCUCCCGUGGAGAGCUGAUUGCUCGUGAGCGCGAGGAGUUUGUGGUUCGUCGACCCCGUGAGCAGUCACGAGGACCACGUGAGCGCGAGGUCGUGAAAGACGAGAUAGUAAUUCGUCGUAUGGAAGAGCGCUCGCCCUCUCCUGAGCCCCCGCCACCUCCACCACCGCCACCACCAGCGCCUGAGCCGGAGAUCAGACCUCCUAUCAUCCAGGAGAUCAUUACCCAUCACAGGCAUAUCGACCACGAGAGUGAGUGCCUUCAAACCUACAUCCCACGAACGACACUAAUUAGCACCAGAACCAGGAAAGGUGGACGUACAAGUGAAUUUGAGGAGCUUGACAUCGAGAUUGAUCGCAGCCGCAGCCGCAAUCAUGACUUUGAGGGCCCCGUAAAACCCAAGAAGAAGGACAUGUGGACAGAAGUCACCAAAGAUUUGGUCCUCCGCGAAGCCAUUGAUGGCAUGGGCUAUAAGUGUGAAGAAACAGACGACUUCUUCUACAUCAUGGAGUACCUGCGCUACGAGGACGUUCUCCAGCUCGUCGAGAUUUCUGACGACAUUCGCCGCAAGCGCAAGGCUCGCAUAAGGGAGAUCGAGUUUGAGCGCGAGGAGAUCCGCCGACCGAGCUCUGCGUACGACGAUCGAUAUUACGAGCACGAGGUGUCAUUUGACAGCCGUCGCAGUAGAUACCGUUAG